AUGGACAGCCGGUCAGCUGCGGCGGAACCCAACCACACCUACCAACAAGUCAAUCCCUGGAGUCGCAUCAGCGUUCCCUCAACACCGCGGACCCCAGCUGCCUCCACGUCGGCCUCGAGUUCUUUCACCGACGCCACCUCGGCCAGUCCAUACCCCCCAGCAUAUGACCUGCUGCCCUUGCUGGUAUCGCAACACCAGGCACAGUUGUUGCAGUACAACAAGCUCAUUUCUCCCGGCAGAGGAGGUGGAGGGUUGCAGAGUCCACCUCUACCGAGUGCGCUCCCAGUGCCCAGUAUACAGGCAGCGCCACGGUCGAGAUCCUCCUCCAAAGUGUCGAACAAGGAAAGCCACAGCGUCAAGCAGGCUCCUGCACCGCAGAGCUGCCAUGGGACAAGAGGGCCCAAAGUCACAGAUAGAUCAGAUCGUGAGGGCAUGACAAAGGGGAAGGACAUGGACAAGGAAUUACCUCGCAAGAUGCCUCCAAAACAGCAGCCCGAUCUCGCUCACCCCCUUCCUUCCCGACCCCCGCCUCGAGCCGCUGCCGCUCAACAGUCGACGUGCAGCUCUACACAGUCCAUCUCUGUGCCAUCUACGCCGCAUCAACGGCCGCGGACUUUCUUUGAAGAUUCCGAGUCCCGUGAGCCCUCCCCAACGGUCGCGCAAAAUCACUCUCCUCGAUCAGCAUAUUCAGAGCCCAAUGGCGGUGCUGCCUCCUUGGCGACGCGUUCCUUUCCUAAACCAUGUCCAUACGAAACCGCAUCUAGGCACUUCCGGAGGCGCAUUCCUUAUAGUAUAGGGUCAGACAGGCUGGAAAAGGUCGACUUGGACAAGGUCAAGAGCAAUUUGUCGGAAGAUGAAGAGCGAAAAUUGUCCACCGAUAUGCGUGAGCUUUACGACAGGUUAUUGCCCUCCGCUGAAGUCGAAGAAAAUCGCAAAAAGCUGGUUCAGAAACUUGAAAAGAUGUUCAACGAUGAGUGGCCUGGUCACCAAAUUCAGGUCCACCUCUUUGGCUCCUCGGGUAACUUGCUGUGCUCGGACGACUCUGAUGUUGAUAUAUGCAUCACGACAGACUGGAAAGAAAUGGAGGGCGUUUGCAUAAUAGCGGACUUGUUAAAGAAGCGCGGCAUGGAACAGGUGGUUUGCGUUUCCACCGCAAAGGUCCCCAUUGUCAAGAUCUGGGACCCGGAGCUCAAGUUGGCAUGUGACAUGAAUGUCAACAACACCCUAGCACUUGAGAACACUCGCAUGGUCCGUACCUAUGUGGAAGUUGACGAGCGUGUCCGGCCGCUCGCAAUGGUCAUCAAGUACUGGACACGGAGGCGAGUCAUCAACGAUGCUGCUUUUAGCGGGACGCUCAGCUCCUAUACCUGGAUAUGCUUGAUCAUUGCAUUUCUACAAGUCCGCCAACCACCCGUUCUACCAUCUUUACACCAGUGCCCGACCAAAAAGCUACCCACGACCAACGGUCACAAAACCGAUUUUGCAGAUGAUCUGAACCAGCUGCGAGGAUUCGGUGACAAAAACAAGAGCACCCUAGGGGAAUUGCUGUUCCAAUUCUUCAGGUUCUAUGCACAUGAGUUUGACUACGACGAAAUGGCGAUAUCGGUGCGGCUCGGCAAAUUGCUUCCCAAGAAGGAGAAAAAUUGGCAGGUUGGGAAUGGGAACCAGAACCUCUGCGUCGAGGAGCCAUUCAAUCGAGAGCGUAAUCUGGGCAAUACUGCGGACGACUGGUCGUUCCGUGGAAUCCACCUGGAGCUUCGCCGCGCAUUUGAACUGGUAGCCGAGGCCAAGUUGGAUGAAUGCUGCGAGCAAUUUGUCCAACCUAAAGAAGAGCCAACUGAACCCAAGUUAUUUACGAAGCCGACUUCACGUCCAGCCAUCAUCCGCAGCUCGUCUCAGCAGAACUCAGGACGAGGCGGCGGGCGGAAUGGGGGGAACCGGGGCAACCGCAACCACUUUCGCAACGGCAACAGCAGUAGGAGGGCUUCGUCAAGCAACGCCUACGACAACACCCAAAAUCCUGGCGCCUUCACCCAGCACGGUGUCUUGCCGAACGGGUUGAUAGCUCAAGAUCUACAGUGGAGUCAAUUUGCACAGCAUUAUCAGUACCCUGAGAAUAUGGCAAUGCUAAGUAAUGCCUUGCAAAUGCAGGACCGGCUGAACUGGUAUACGCACUAUCAGCUUACUGCGCAUCAGCAAGCUGUGGCACAUGCCCAACGCAUGCAGGCUGGCUCCACUCAGGCUGGGGAAAGAUCGCGAACGAACUCGUUCGAUCAAGCGCCACCCCUAACAGCUCCACCCAGGCCAGAACAUUACGUCUGGCCACUCCACCUACAACCUACGUUUUAUCAUCAUCACGCUGGAUACGGUACCUAUCCCAGCUCGCCUUCCGCACCUACAGCAGCCCCCGAAUUUAGGAGAAGCCUGCACAGGUCAAGCGCUGCGAGUGAGGCUGGUGGCUCGUCUGGAGGUGGUACACUGAGAUCCCAGUCUCAGCCUGCAUCUCGAACACCAGCACCUACGGGUAAAGCGGUGCAGGGUUCUGGAACGCCCGCCCACGCGGUCAACGGUGUCUCGAGCCAUGUGCCUCGACAAUCGAACCUCAUUCCCUUCCCGGGACUUGCCUCGGAUGACAGAACGGAUUCAGAGGCAGAGGAAGGGUCGACCAGAACAAUCCCCGAUUCCCCUCCAGAGGAAGACGGCGCUGGGUAUCUGGGAUAUUUCGUUGCCGAUUCCUCAACACCCCCUCGAAGGCCAAUGCAAGCAGCACCUCCUCUAAACGAUGUGGGCAUGAGCAGUAUGAACCGCCGCAGGCUGUCCACAGAGGGACCUCAGUCUGUCCUUGAUCGGCGAUUGCAAAGGACAUCUCGUUCUCCAUCCCCGCUCGGACAUGGUAGGACCUUUUCUGGGACAAACUCGGCACCAAUUGCUUCAGCUCCGUUCUCGCAAAGUAGCAAUCGGACCGGCAAGGAUACCACACCGUUGGUUGUGAAUGGGUCAACUUUCAUGCCGCCUUCUGUCAUGCCAUCAAGCUGGCUACCUUCGGCUGACGAGUCUGGAUUCGAUAACCCGCUUCGGAUUAGUCAAAUUCCGGGGGCCAACAAUAUCAUGGCGCCCGAAAUCUCGACUUCGCGGUCUGCAAUGGUAUCAGAACCGGGCUCGACAGGUGUAGACCGUCCGCUGGUUGUCAACGGCUCUACACAGUUGCCUGUCUUGCCCCCAAACCCAGCUCAGAUGCAGUCUUUCGGGCAGCGAAUGGCAGCAACACAUGGUCCCAACGGUGUGCCUUAUGCAGCGUUCUUCGGGGAUAAUUUCAAGGGCCACGGGAAAAUGUCAGAGUUGGGUCGGCAGAGGUUAGCUGUGCGCAACCAGCAGGCCGGCAUUUCACCGCUUGACCUGGCUAUCCCCAACCCAAUGUUUCCCGAGUCACAGCACCUGUCACCAGUCUACGAGAAUCGAACGCCGUCACCGACUGUGCGGCGAAGAUGGGAAGCUUCAGCAAACCACGGGAGGAUGGUCAUACCUGGACAGGCCGCAAGCUCUUCGGACGACCCUGUACGGGAACAAACGAGCAAAGCUCUGCACAAAUCUCUCGGGGCCAAUGGCGUGUCCAAUGGUGGCGACAACGUUCCUUUGGUCAAUGCACGACUGAACGGUACUGCGCUGCAAGAAAGUGCACCCCUUCGUGCGUCCAAGGGCGACGCUGAGAAUGCGAGCGGAUGGCAGAAACCGAAGUCCCGCAAGAAGCAAGCAGAGGUCAAGGCCACAGCGAAGACGGGUCCCCAGAGCGAGAAACCCCCGAAGAACGAUCUGGAACGCAAGGGAGGAUGA